ACUAUAUUCUAUAAACACAAACCCUGGAGGGCCCUUCCCUUGGGUAUAUGUAAACAAACACGGCAGGUACUGCUUAGGCUUCAUUCAGGGAGGCCUGGUUAGACUUAAGUCAGACAGCCUGGGCCUGCUGAGCAGUCCUGGCUGCCAAUGCUUGGUCAGGUUAUUAGGGAGGUGGGAAAGGAGAAGGUAAUACUAUCUUGGACUGGCUCUUAUCUUGUGGCUUGGGUGGACAACCUUUCCUGGACCAUGUUGGUGGCCUGGGUGGCGGGGUUGUCCCUAGAGAUUCCGCAUCCUUGGGACAAGUGGUGGCUUUGGCCCAGAGAUGUCCAGUGGGAAAGUAUGGCCUGCAGAAGGGUUUGUCUAUGGGUGGCACUAAAGGGUCAAGGAGUUCUUCUGACACUUAAUGCUGCCUGGAAGUGCCCUGGGAGCCCUUGGUCCUGUUUCCCCUGUACCUAGCAAUGGCAGGGUUUACUGGGAGCAGGCCCAUGUCAGCACUACUCUCACCUGGGGUAACCUGCACCGCCUACCUUCCUGAGCCACUCCAGCCUGCAUGGAUUAGGCAAGCUCUGUCUCCCACCAAGUGUCAUGGGUGGUGGAGUUAAUGCUUGUUUGGCUGAAAUCAAUCUGUGACUUUGGCCAGCUGUUGGGAGCAUAGGUUUUAGCAUCAAGGGAUGCUGGGCCACCAAGGAUAUCAGUCUCUCCAUUCAUGCUUCGCUCCAGACUUCCUGCCCCAAACAGCCAGACCAGGGGGAACUUUGGGUCAGUCUUGUACCUUUGAAACCAUUAAGGCAAUAGUCAGAUUCUGUGUAAUCACACCUGCUCACUUGUAUUGUUACUCCCGUGUUAGCAUCCCCUACUGUCAGACUGGUCCAGGAGGAAGGUAAGCAGGUUCCAGGGCACUCCGACCUGGUUUAGUUUGCAGGGGUUAUGGUAUGGAUCUCAGAGCAUGGGGAUGGGUGUACACAUGCCAUUGCUAGGUACAGGAGAAGCAGGACUGCCAGGCUGGUAAAAGGGCUAACGGGAUUUCUAGGCAGCAUGAGGUAGAAAAUACAGGGGAAUCUACCCAAGGAUCAUAGUGCAGAGAGGAAUGCUGAGCUGUGUGUGAAUGCACGUAGCUAUUUCAAGGUUCCUGUGAGCUACAGCUCACAAUCUUUAUCUGACUAUGGGAGGGUCUGUAGACACUUAGGACCCUAGGUCCCAUAUCGUGGGUUGAAGCCCAUGUGUAGUUGAAAAUCAGACUGAGGCUGCACUGGACCCAUGGGAACUCUGGAGUGGCUAGGUCAUGAGUCAUUCCUGAAGGCAAGAGAAAAGGGCCUUUUAUCCCUGGCCCAGCCUACUGGGCCACCUCACCAAGUUACAGGGUGAAACCAUGGGGGUUUCAAGAUGGAUCAAGAGAGCUUCAUUGAGAGUAGAGCUUUCCCAACCUGUACUGGCUGGAAUGGCCUCAGAAGGUGUGAGUAGUGUGGGCAUGGGCCUGCUCCUAGUUCAAGGGCAAACAGGAAGAAAGGGAAUAGAUGUCACAGACCCCAUCCUCAACCCCUAGUGACUGGUUGUCUAAUGGUCCUUCCCCCAAAUAGUCUGGUCAGAGGCUCCCUAUGCCCAGUACCCAGAACUGCACACACUGGCCUUUAUUCUCAAGAAGCCUCUGGGACCUCCUCUGCGGGACAAACCUACAGUCUCCCACUACCCCUGGUAGGAUUCCCAGUACAGUGUGAAAUGGGUCCUUUGUGCUGGGACCACCAUCUCAUUCUUGCAAACAAGUUCCAAGCAGCAGCUGAUUGGAGGGGGAAAGCCUUAAGGGCGGGCCUAGUGGUGACAUCAGGAUAGGGAGCCUUUUCUAAGCUCCAGCCUUGUCACAGUGAGACCAAGAGGCAUUGAAGAGUGAGGAACACUAUCCUUGGAGCAGGAGGUCAGUGACUCAAUUAUGGUCCUUGGGCCGGGUGCAUGAUGGGGCUUACCAGGGAAUCAACGGGAAGAUUGGGAAAUGUGCUAAGGCCCCACAACAUGGUACCAAUUGCAGCCUGGAGACCUGAGCAUCUUCUCUGGGUUCUGUGAGGGUUAUGUUCGUCAGCUGUGACCACCCUGACCAUGAAGUAGGGAGGGGUCUGGCUUCAGAAUGAGUCCAGAAGCCCGGGCCAUUUCUGUGCACUUGGUAGGCAGAUAGGCAGUGGUCCAUAGCACUGAUCCUUAAAUUCCCUGGACAGAUGCAUAUAUACACUCAAUUUUCCUAAUGCUGUGGCCCUUUAAAAAGCUCCUCAUGGGGGCUGGGGAUUUAGCUCAGUGGUAGAGCGCUUACCUAGGAAGCGCAAGGCCCUGGGUUCGGUCCCCAGCUCCGAAAAAAAAAAAAAAAAAAAAAAAGAACCAAAAAAAAAAAAAAGAAAAAAGCUCCUCAUGUCAUGGUGACCCUCAAUCAUGAAGUUAUUUUUGUUACUAUAACUAUCACAUCUAUACUUUUGAUCACAACUAUAAUUUUGAUACUAUUAUGAGUCAUAAUGUAAAUAUCUGUUUUCCAAUAAUCGUUGAUAAUUCCUGUGAAAGGGUCAUUAGAUGCCCCCCAACACACACAUACACACACACACACAAAGGGGUCACAACUCACAGGUUAACUGCUAUUCUUGGGUGUAUUACCCUGCAGCCUUCCUACUGGUCUGGGCUCUGCUCACAGAGCUGGCUUCCCUGCAGAGGGUAACCUUGAGUAUAUAGGAAAUGCAGGUGCUUUGUUCAGUGGGGUGGGGAUCUGGGAUCCUCAGGAUUCUUCUCAGGCUCACAAAUUUCAGGCUGGGUCAUGCUUGUGUCCCCUUCUCCAAAAUGCCACCCCUAGGUGGUGGACUCCCUACCCCAUUGACCUCUCAAGUGUUAUCUCCCAACUUCUGAGAGGUCUCAAGGGUUCCCCAGUACUUUUCAUACCUACUGCGCCUGCUUCUGCUCUAACCAGAAAUUGGUCUCACGUGCUUGAGGGCAAGUCACUCAAUGUGAUGACCUUGAUGGUAGGAAUCUAUCUAAACCAAUCCUAGACACCAUGUGGGGCUGCUGGGUCCUCAAGGUCUUGUUACUCUGGUGAUUCCUGCUGUGACUAUGGGUUGUGGCUGUGAACACUGGAAGGGGCAUGGGCAGAUGUGUUGGACUGGACCCUUUCAGGGAGAAUUGGCUCCCUGCAGAAGGAACAUGGAGUUCACAAGGAGGUUGUGCAGCUAAGGGUCCAUUGUUCAGCGGGACGCCUCAGCAUGGCUUCAGUGCUGGUCUUCGAUCCUCAGUCUUCAUCGACAUCUCCAUAAUGACAAGCCACAGGCCUCUGGGCAUCACACAUGUCUGUAGGGACAUCCUGCUGGUCCAUAGGAGUGGACGGAGAACUAGCUUUCUGGUCAGGGCAAGGGCAGAUGGUUCCUUAAGUGCUGAAGGGCCUUGACCUCUCCUCCCACAGGCUGCUCAGUAUGAGCCUCCAAGGCUCCUACCUCCGCUUCUGCCUCUGGAUGUUCUUGGGCACCACCUUGGCACUGGGGCAGGGACAAGGUAAGGAGGCAACGCCCCCACUGCCUGCAGAGGAACUCUGCUGCAAGCCUUUGACUUGCCAGAAGAGGCAUUGCCCUGUAGAGUAAAUGCCAACUUAGCCGAGCUGUUGCAGCAACAGGCAAGCUGGUAAAACAGAGGAGAGAAUCCCCACUCUCAGCUUUUGCCUUGACCUUUGAUCUUGUGGUCUUUCAGCCUUGCUUAGGGAGGCUUUUCUGUCUGAGUUAUUUCAAGAUUACUGGCAUACUCCACAUCUGAUCCAGAAUCUAUGUUUGCUUGGUUAUUCUGUCAACUUUUCAGUGUGGUUUCAGACACUGCAUGCAUGGCUUAGUGGAGAUCAACACUCCUGCUUCCUGCCUCCCAGGAAGAAAAAGCCUUCCUACACUGUCUUAGACGGGUGGUGCAUCUCUCUUCUCCGUACAUGUAUUAGGACAAGCGUUUCCAUCUAAUCCCUUCCUAUUUGGCCAUUCCAGGCUCCCCCUGGGAAAGUCUCCCCUAGUAUUUUCUAUGACCCCCAAGGGAUAUGCACAGGACUUGCAGAGUCUGUGUUGCAGACUCCUUCUUGUGGAGCUGCUGGCUCAGGUGGGUCCCUGGAACGAAUGUUUCUGUGUCCCCAGAGCCUUCACACUCAUGGGUACAUCUAGCUUCCAGGAGCAACAUGUAUGUUCCUCAUGACACCUGACUGAUUUGAAUCUGUUUCUGGAAUUACACCAAGGUCUAGCCUCAUCCAAGUUAAAAACUUCUCCUACCACUGCUAUCCACAGCACUGCCUGUGGUUCCAACUCAGGGUUGCCUGAAGCCUAACAGACCUCACUUCCCAGCAAUUCCCCUUAUCCAGGGAGGUGACUACCCCAUGGCCAAGUCCCUCAGCUCCCUUUGUUCAGACGGAGGAACCCCAAGGUGGGGCCUGUAGGUUGAGGUUUCAAUUAGGAGGAAGGCUUUGCUGUAUGAACAACUUAGAGUGAUUCUGUAAGGCCCACAAAUACUGUUUCCCAAGCUCAGGUCUCAGCAUGACAGGCUACCCAUGCAUGACUGGGGUGGGCUGGGGCCUCAGAGACCAGCUGGGAGGUGCAGCUGAGGUUAGGGAGGGGAUCGUUACUGUACUGUUUCUGAGACGGAAGUUCUAAAAUCCCCUAACACACUGAGGGAAGAAAACAGAAGGCUCUUUAUGGGCAAGAGUGGGGAUCCAUGCUCACAGCUGGCCUGUCAGAACCCCCACCUCAUCCUGACACAUUCCUGCCUUUCAAUAGGUCAUGGUCAGAGCAGUCAAGCCCAUCCAGAAAGAGUUCAUUCUGAAUGGGUUAUUGUGUCUACCCCAGGCACCCCCUAGUCUUUGCCUAUCUCUUUGUGCCCCAGCACAUGGUGAGGAGACUAGAAGAGGUCUCUGUCCCCAUUUUCCAAAAAUAUCUGUCUGCAGCACAGAGUCCGGAAGCUUCCUGGGAGGUCAGCACAGGCCCUACGGUCCUCCUCCUCCCCAUUGACCAUGGCUUCCCCCUCCUUCAUGACAGGAUUACCCUGUCUUUGCUUCUUUUCCUUUUGCUGUGGCAAAAUGCUAACAAAAGCAACUUAUGGGGUAAAGGUUUAUUUUAGUUCAUCAUGGCAGGGAAGCCAAGGUGCAGCCAGUCACACUGCAUCUACCAUCAGAAAGCAAAAAAGGAGUGAAUGCUAGUGCUCAACCCAUUACCUCAGUUUCUUAUAGCUCCUGCCAAGGGAAUAGCCCCAUCUGCAAUUAAAACGUGUGUCUCCACAUUGUUAAUGUCAAUUAACGAAAUCAAGCUGCUUCCCUCUCUCUAAUCCCCCCACAGGAAUCCUUGGAGUCUGAUAUCCCAGGUGACUUUAAUUCUCUAAAGCUGACGGUACUAGACAUCACACUGCCAUUCCUAGUUUGGGAGCUGAAGCUUGGUACACAUCCCACACAUGUCUACAUGUAGGCACACCAUGUGCACAUAAGCAGACAGCCAUCACCAUAGUUCCAGCUGAGGUCCUACAUCCAAUCUGCUCACAAGGGAUACAUCCACCUAGCAUAUGCAUGCGUGCGUGCGUGCAUGUGCCUGCACACACACACACAGCUGCUUCUAUAUCCCUCGAGAGUGGGAGACCCAAGGCAGCUGCCAAGGCCCUGGGCUUUAUCUCUGCAUCUCCAGUCAUCAUAAGGCGUACACACACACACCGCCUUCCCCUGGGUGCUGGUGUGAUCCUCCUUUGCAGUGGUGGAAUUAGACCCCCUCCUCCUGAAUCUACCAGUGUGGCCUUGUCAUCAAAGAUCACAAGGAUGUGGGAGCUUCAUGAGGCCACAAACUCUAUAAAGACACCUAGGUGGGGCCGUAUCCCUCCAUGCCUCUUAGGGAAAACCUCCUUCUGGAGGUGGUCAGUUGGUCACUGGUAAGUCUGCUUCACACCCCAACUUCCAAUCCUGUUGUUACAGUAAGUAGCCGUCUGAGGCUGGCAGUACUGCCCGAGGAUCGACUGCAGAUGAAGUGGAGGGAAGCAGAGGGAAGUGGCCUUGGCUAUUUGGUGCAAGUGACACCUAUGGCAGGGGACUUGGAGCAGGAGCUGGUACUGACCACCAAGACCCCCAAAGCCACUGUGGGUGGCCUGAGCCCUUCCAAGAGCUACACCUUACAGAUCUUCGAGCUCACUGACUCUGGGCCUGUCCUGCUAGCACGAAGGGAGUUUGUAAUUGAGGAUCUAAAGAGCCAAUCUUUGGGCAGAGGAAGCCGGAGGCUGGCAGGAGCCACCCUGGAGCCUCCCUCCUUCCCUCUGAGGGACCCAGACUCUGAGAAAACAUCUGAGCCCAGCAUUGCCUUCACCUCAAGCAGGGACCUUCCCAUUCUCGGAGUGGCCAGUAAGGAUCAGAGGAAACUCAAGCAGGGCCUUGGAGUACAAGACUCUGCCCAGCCAACCCCAGACCUGGAGAGGCAGAGCCACACCGCAGUCUCUGUGGGAAAGCGAGGGAAGCUAGAUGACCCCCAGUUCCAGUGCACACCCCCAACACCUGCUGACAUAAUCUUCCUGGUGGAUGGGUCCUGGAGCAUCGGCCACAACAACUUUCAGCAGGUGAAAGACUUCCUGGCUAGCAUCAUCACACACUUUGCAAUAGGACCAGAUAAAGUCCAAGUAGGUCUGACUCAGUACAGUGGAGACCCCCAGACCGAGUGGGACCUGAACUCCUUCCACACCAAGGAGCAAGUGCUAGCAGCAGUACACCACCUCCACUACAAAGGAGGAAACACGUUCACAGGCCUUGCCCUAACCCAUGUGCUGGGGCAGAACCUGAAGCCAGCAGCAGGUGUCCGUCCAGAGGCAGCCAAAGUGUUGAUUCUGGUGACAGACGGCAAGUCUCAGGAUGAUGUGCGCACAGCUGCCAGAGUCCUUAAGGACCAGGACAUUGAUGUCUUCACUGUGGCAGGUGUGAAGAAUGUCGACGAGGCCGAGCUGAAGCUCCUGGCAUCCCAGCCGCUGGACAUCACUGUCCACAACGUGCUGGACUUCCCUCAGCUGACCACCUUAGCCCCUCUGCUCAGCCGUCUUAUUUGCCAAAAAAUUCAGGGCAGAGGCCCAGUCAAACCAGCGGCGGGUACUCGGAUCCUGGACCCUCUCCCCACGCCCACCAGACUGACCCUGACCCACGUCACCUCAUCCAGUAUCCACCUGUCUUGGACUCCGGCCUUAUACCCACCCCUCAAGUAUCUAAUUGUAUGGCAGCCUUCUAGGGGUGGUGCCCCCAAGGAGGUGGUGGUGGAGGGGCCUGUCUCAUCCAUGGAGCUUGGAAACCUGACCUCCAACACAGAAUACUCGGUCUCUGUGCUUCCUGUCUACGAGAGUGGGGUUGGCAAGAGUCUGCAAGGACGGGCAACCACAGCACCCCUGCCUCCACCUGGGCCACUGACCCUAGCUGCGGUGACACCCAGAACUCUCCACCUUACCUGGCAGCCCUCUGCUGGGGCCACUCAAUACUUGGUACAGUACUUGCUGGCUGCCUCCACUGGGGAGGAACAAAAGAGAGAGGUACAUGUAGGACGGCCUGAGGUAGUGCUGGACGAUCUGGAGCCUGGCCAGGACUAUGAGGUUUCAGUGCAGAGCCUUCGUGGACCAGAGGCCAGUGAGGCCCGGAACAUCCAUGCCAGGACCCCUGUCCCGGGGCCCCCAAGACACCUGAGUUUCUCAGAUGUGCGCUACAACUCAACCUGUGUGUCCUGGGAAGCCCAGAGGCCUGUGCGCCUGGUCAAGGUCAGCUACGUCUCUAGCGAUGGCAGCCACUCUGGGCAGAUUCAGGUUCCUGGGAACGUUACCUCAGCUACUCUGGGCCCACUUUCUUCCUCUACCGUGUACACCAUCCGAGUCACCUGUUUUUACCUCAGGGGUGGUUCCUCCGUGCUGACUGGCCAUGUGACCACACAGAAAGCGCCUAGCCCUAGCCAGUUGUCGGUGACGGAGCUCCCGGGAGAUACAGUAAAGCUGUCAUGGUUGGCCACUGCCUUGUCUGGUGUACUUGUUUAUCAGAUCAAGUGGAUGCCCUUGGGAGAGGGGAAGGCCCAUGAGAUCUCUGUCCCAGGGACCCUUGGCACAGCCAUCUUGCCUGGUCUGAUGAAGCAUGUGGAAUAUGAGAUCACCAUCCUUGCCUACUAUAGGGACGGCACUCGCAGCGACCCCGUGUCCCUCCGCUACACCCCCUCUGCAGCAAACAGGAGCCCCCCAUCCAGCCUGGCCUUGUCCUCGGAGACCCCCAACAGCCUGCAGGUCAGCUGGGCACCACCAAGUGGCCAUGUCCUCCAUUACCGGCUCAACUACACACUGGCCUCAGGCUCUGGACCAGAGAAAUCGAUCUCUGUACCAGGCACCAGGAGCCAUGUUGUACUUCGUGAUCUGAUGUCUGCCGCCAAGUACAGGGUCCUGGUCUCAGCUGUCUAUGGAGCAGGGGAGAGCAUGGCAGUGUCUGCCACAUACCGCACAGCAGCCUGCCCAGCCCUGCACCCGGACAGUUCCCUCUCAGGGUAUGACCUGAUGAUGGCCUUUGGCCUUGUGGCAAAGGAGUAUGCCUCUAUUCGAGGGGUGGCUAUGGAGCCCUCAGCCUUCGGUGUGGCCCCAACCUUCACUCUCUUCAAGGAUGCUCAACUGAUGCGGCGGGUCAGUGACGUCCACCCAGCAACCCUGCCACCAGAACACACCAUUGUCUUCCUUGUGCGUCUACUUCCUGAAACACCCCGGGAAGCCUUUGCACUGUGGCAGAUGAUGGCUGAAGACUUCCAGCCUAUCCUCGGGGUUCUUCUGGAUGCUGGCAGAAAGUCUCUGACUUACUUCAACCAUGAUUCCAGAGCAGCCUUGCAGGAGAUCACCUUUGACCUGCAGGAUGCAAAGAAGAUUUUCUUUGGAAGCUUCCACAAGGUACAUAUAGCUGUAGGCCACUCUAAGAUCAGACUUUACGUGGACUGUCGGAAGGUGGCUGAGCGGCCCAUUGGGGAUGCUGGCAGCCCACCCACAGCUGGUUUCAUCACACUAGGGAGGCUAGCCAAGGCCAGAGGGCCACGGAGCAGCUCAGCCACAUUCCAGCUCCAGAUGUUGCAGAUCAUGUGCAGCGAUACGUGGGCGGACAAGGACAGGUGCUGCGAGCUUCCUGCAUUGAGGGAUGGAGAGACAUGCCCGGCCUUCCCUUUAGCCUGUACCUACUCAUCUGAGACCCCUGGGCCACCAGGGCCCCAAGGCCCUCCAGGCCUCCCUGGAAGGAAUGGCACUCCAGGACAGCAGGGACACCCAGGACCCAAGGGAGAGCCUGGCCCACCUGGACAAACAGGACCCGAAGGCCCUGGAGGUCAGCAGGGGUCACCAGGGACCCAGGGCCGUGCAGUCCAGGGACCCAUGGGGCCACCAGGAGCCAAAGGAGAGAAGGGGGAUCACGGCCUCCCGGGCUUGCAGGGCCUCUCUGGCCAGCAAGGCAUCCCUGGGAAAACUGGCCUACAAGGACCAAAGGGAAUGAGAGGACUGGAGGGACCUGCUGGGCUGCCUGGACCACCUGGCCCCAGGGGAUUCCAGGGCUUGGCAGGGGCCAGCGGUACCAGUGGAGAGCAAGGGCCCCCAGGAGCUGUGGGUCCCACAGGUCUACCAGGGUCCAAAGGUGAACGAGGAGAGAAGGGAGAGCCACAGUCCCUUGCCACCAUCUUCCAGCUGGUGAGCCAGGCCUGCGAGUCAGCCAUACGGACACACGUGAUGAAGCUGAAUUCCUUCCUUCAUGAGAAUGCCCGUCCCCCGAUGCCCUUCAUGGCAGAGACAGCCAAGCUAAGCAGACCCAGAGCUAUAGAUCCUGGAUUACACAACAAGGCUCUACUUCCUGGAGACUGGGGACAUAUCCUCCACCAUGAGGAUGAAGGUGAGCCUGUGGCUAUCAGCCACACAAGCAAACCUGUACUGCAGGAGGUGCAGACCCCAGAGCCCCUGGAGUGAACAGGACCUUCCCUCUGCCACUUCAACUCGCCCCGUCCUUCCCCAGCACCAUCAUCCAUAAUUUUGUCUCAACACUGAGAGCAACUGUGCUCUGCAGGGGCAGAGAAGGAAACCCAAAGGAAGACCCUGAAGUGGCAGGAGUCGGAAGGGAGGAGGGUGGGGCUCCUCCUCAAGCCCCUUCUUUAUAGCAUUUCCAGGUUCAGAUAAACUUGUGCUAGCUCAUCA